GUCUCUGAGCAGUAUAUUUUGUAUGCAGCUGCCAUGCCGCAUCGCUCCAUCCACUGGUUCAGGAAGGGGCUUCGCCUCCAUGAUAACCCCGCCCUGCUGGCCGCCAUGAGGGACUGCGAGGAGCUGCACCCGAUCUUUAUUCUGGAUCCCUGGUUCCCUAAGAACAUGAAAGUCAGUGUCAACCGCUGGAGAUUCCUCAUCGAGGCUCUGAAGGAUCUGGAUGAGAAUCUGAAGAAGAUCAACUCCAGGUUGUUUGUGGUCAGAGGUAAACCGUCUGAAGUGUUCCCGCAGCUUUUCUGCAAGUGGAAGGUGACACGAUUGACCUUCGAGGUGGACACGGAACCGUACUCACGGCAGCGGGACGCAGAGGUGGAGAAGCUGGCCGCGGAGCACAAAGUGGAGGUCAUCCAGAAGGUGUCAAACACCCUGUAUGAUGUAGACAGAGUGAUUGCCGAAAACAACGGCAAGCCCCCCCUGACCUACGUGCGCCUGCAAACUGUCUUAUCCUCCAUAGGUCCUCCGAAGCGCCCGUGUCCAGCACCAACGCAAGAGAACAUGAAAGAUUGCCGCACGCCCUGGAAGACAUCCUAUGAGGAGAUAUAUGGGGUUCCCACCUUAGAAGAGCUUGGGCAAGACCCUGACAAGCUGGGACCUCACCUGUACCCCGGGGGGGAGAGCGAGGCCCUGAGACGGCUGGAUGUGAACAUGAAGAGGACGGCCUGGGUCUGUAACUUUGAGAAACCAAACACCGAACCGAACUCUCUUACUCCCAGUACAACUGUGCUGAGCCCCUACAUGAAAUUCGGGAGUCUGUCGGCAAGGACCUUUUAUUGGAGACUGGUGGAGAUUUACCACGGGAAGAAGCACUCGUCUCCCCCAGUGUCGCUCCACGGUCAGCUGCUGUGGCGGGAGUUCUACUACAUAGCAGGGGCGGGGGUCCCCAACUUUGACAAGAUGGUAGGAAACUCUGUGUGUGUCCAGGUGGAUUGGGACGAUAACAAGGAAUAUCUGCAGGCGUGGAGUGAGGGCAGAACCGGUUACCCCUUCAUAGACGCCAUCAUGACUCAGCUGAGGACAGAGGGCUGGAUCCACCAUCUUGCUCGGCACGCCGUCGCCUGUUUUCUGACUCGUGGGGAUCUGUGGAUAUCGUGGGAGGAAGGUCAGAAGGUGUUUGAGGAGCUGCUGCUGGACGCUGACUGGGCGCUGAACGCUGGGAACUGGAUGUGGCUGUCGGCCAGCGCCUUCUUUCACCAGUUCUUUCGGGUUUACUCCCCGGUGGCGUUUGGGAAGAAGACUGACAAAAAUGGAGACUACAUCAAGAAAUAUUUGCCAAUUUUAAGGAAGUUCCCGCCUGAGUACAUAUACGAGCCCUGGAAAAGUCCUCGCAGCAUACAGGAGCGGGCCGGCUGUAUCAUUGGGAAGGACUACCCAAAACCGAUAGUGCAGCAUGAAACCGUGAGCAAACAAAACAUCCAGCGUAUGAAGGCCGCGUACGCCAGGAGGGCAGGCAGGGAGGAGCAGGAGCCAAAAAGUCAGAGCAAUAAAAAGGGAGUGAAGAGGAAAACGCCGUCCGUGGCCGAGCUCUUCAAAAAGAAGUAACCCCGAGGCUGGAACAGAAAGAGGAAGCGAUGGGUGAAGCGAGGCACGACUUACCUCACAGCAGCGGGAACUGAAAGCCAAUGCAGAGCAGCACCCCACGUGUUCCGGAUCCUUGUUUAACCCUCAUGUGGCUGCAGUCAUGGCGGCUGUGGUUAUAUGUAGUGAUUGCUGUUACAUCUUCGUUCUCUGCGGCUUCUCUGUGCACUGGAUACAUAGUGACACGUACUCUUAGUCACCUCUCAACUUUUGGGUGGGUUCACUUUUUUUUUUUUGUAGGUGUUUUAAAAAACACUUUAAAAGCACACGCAUUAGUGUUUCCCAACUAGGCUGCCUCCAGCUGUUGCAAAACUAAGUCCCAGCAUGUCCAGACGGCCUUUGGCUUCCAACAGUUGUAGUUGUAGCUUUGCAACAGCUGGAGGCACCCUAAUUGGGAAACGCUGUAAUGCUGGUUAAACGGGUUAUCCAGGAAAAAAAAAA